AUGAUUACGAACAACAAUGCAGAAGUAUUCGAUAUUGAUGUUGUCAGUGAUCUUUUUCAACAGUCACUGAAUGGUGAUGACGACAUAGAUUUAUCAUCCUAUGUUGCUGCUUAUAAUGAAUUAAAUAAGUUAGAUGAUUUCAUAAAUUUUAUUAGACAUCAUUCGUAUCAGUUAAGUCAGUUAGACGAUAAUUUCAGGCUCUUUGCUUUGUUAGGCACCGUAUUCACUUUUGUAAGAAGUGAUGUCGAGGAAAAAGAAUCAAUCUUAUCAAGUUUAUACUCAUCUGAUCGCGAGCAUUAUGCAACAGUACAUUCGAUGAUUUCUUGGGAAUGUCGUGAUGGAACGCCGAAAGCAAAUGGAUCAAGAACUCUACUUCGACUGCAUCGCGCAUUGCAGUUUGUAAAUGAUUUUCUGAUUUCGUUGAGAGAUGCCUCAGAAGACGCGCAACUAUCGUGGUUAUGUCGUCGAAGUUAUGAACGAACGUUGUCACAGUACCAUGGGUGGUUCAUACGACAAGGUGUUUCAUUAGCAUCAUAUACACUUCCAUCAAGAUGUAUUUUUAUUCGGAAGAUUGCCGGUACAGGUCAACAAACGCCACCUGAAGAGAGGAUUAACGACGCGAUUGAUAGAAUGGUUGAUGCGUCUACGAUGGUUUACGAUCGUGUACAAAAAAUUUUUAGUGCAUGUGAUCUUUUGGAUCUACCUUAA